AUGACUGAAAUAGGGACCAAAUUAAAUGCUAGAAUAGAUAAGCAGGAUGAGAACAUUAGAAACAUCCAGAUGUCUCAAAUGAGUUUAGAGAAACAAGUUGCGCAAGUGGAAAAUUCUUUGAACUUGCGUCCCCAAGCCGGGCUGCCUGGUGAUACUGAGCCAAAUCCAAAGCAAUUGCAUGAGGUAAGUACUAGAAGUGGGCUGCAAUUAGAGGAACUAGCUCCUAAGAAAAGAGACACUGAGGUAUCAAACAAAGAAAAGAAGGUGGAAGAGGUAGUAAAAAGCUUAAAUAUUGAGGUACCCAUUCCUCAAAAGAAAUUACCACCUCCAUUUCCACAGAGGCUGAAAAAGCAAAAUGAAGAUGAAUGCUUUGGUAAGUUUCUCUCUCUCCUUAAACAAGUUCACAUUAAUCUACAUUUGGUUGACAUUUUGCAUGGUAUCCCGAUGUAUGCUAAAUAUAUGAAGGAUAUAGUGGCCAGCAAGAGGAGACUCACUGAAUAUGAAACUGUAGCACUUACUGAGGAGUGCAGCUCAAGGAUCCAAAACAGACUGCCCAAAAAGUUAAAAUAUCCAGGUAGUCCAAAGCGAACCACUGUUAUUCUCCAACUUGCAGAUAGAUCCAUUGCUAGGCCAGAGGGGGUGGUAGAAGAUGUGUUAGUGCAAGUAGGUUCAUUGAUUUUUCCGGUAGAUUUUGUUGUCCUAGACUUUGAACCCGAUUCUGAAGUUCCAUUCAUUUUGGGACGACCUUUCUUGGCCACAGGUAGGGCAUUGAUGUAUGUAGCAGCUGGUCAACGAACUAUUAGGGCACAUGAUAAGGUAGAGGUAUUUGAUGUUUACCGCGCUUUAAAAUUACUUUCUAUUUAUGAAGAGUUGUCUGCUAUUACUGUGGUUGAUCACAUAGUAGAGUCACAAUUAGUUUUGCCUGAAGACCCCUUAGAAAUAGUGUUAGUGGGUCAACAGUUAGAGGGAGAUGCUGAAGCUCAAGAGACUGAAUCAUGCUUAAAUCUAGCAGUAGUAGAAACUCGUAGGACUCAAAUGGAGUCCUUAGAUCGCGAGUUAGGGCCCCCUCCAAAACCAUCAAUUGAAGAUGCUCCUAAGUUGGAGCUAAAUGCCUUGCCGGCUCAGCUAAGGUAUGCUUAUUUGGGUACUAAUGAAACUUUUCCUGUUAUACUUUCUGCAGAAUUGUCUGAUUUACAGGUUGAGGCGACAUUGAGAAUUUUGAAGCGGAGGAAGAAAGCAUUUGGAUGGCAAAUGGCUGAUAUUCAUGGGAUUAGUCCGGCGUUAUGUAUGCACAAAAUUUACAUGGAAGAUGAUCACAAACCAAGUGCACAGCAUCAACGUCGUCUAAAUCCUUUGAUGAAAGAAGUGAAGGGAGGUAUGACUGUGGUAAGGAACGAAAAGAAUGAGCUAAUUCCUACUAGAACAGUGACUAGGUGGCGAAUUUGUAUGGAUUACCGGAAACUUAAUGAUGCUACUCAGAAAGAUCACUACCCCAUUCCCUUUAUUGAUCAAAUGCUUGACAGGUUAGCAGGGCAGGUAUACUAUUGUUUCCUAGAUGGCUAUUCAGGUUACAACCAGAUCUUGAUUGCACCCGAGGAUCAAGAAAAUACCACAUUUACUUAUCCGUAUGGUACAUAUGCUUUCAAACGCAUGCCAUUCGGACUUUGCAAUGCACCGACGACUUUUCAAAGGUGUAUGAUGGCCAUUUUUCAUGAUAUGGUGGAAGACUUUGUAGAAGUGUUCAUGGACGAUUUCUCCGUCUUUGGGAAGUCUUUUGAGGUAUGUCUCCGAAAUCUUGAUAGAGUACUUGCUAGAUGUGAAGACACUAACUUUUUAAACUGGGAGAAGUGUCAUUUUUUAGUAAAAGAGGGGAUAGUGUUGGGGCACAAGGUGUCUAAAUCUUGGUUGGAGGUUGAUACGGCUAAAGUAGAGGUUAUUGAAAAAUUACCCCCUCCCAUUUCUGUAAAAGGUGUGCGUAGUUUUCUUGGUCAUGCAGGUUUUUACAGGCGAUUCAUCAAGGAUUCCAAGAUAGCAAGACCCAUGUGCAGCCUUCUGGAGAAAGAGGUGAAGGUUGACUUUGAUGAGAUGUGCUUGAAAGCUUUCGAGAUGCUGAAGAAGAACUUAAUUGAGGCUCCCAUCUUAAUUGCCCCUAAUUGGGAAUUACCAUUUGAACUCAUGUGUGAUGCAAGUGAUGUAGCAGUGAGAGCAAUGUUGGGACAAAGAAAGAAUAAAGUGUUCCACUCAAUCUAUUAUGCAAGCAAUACCAUUGACUCUACUCAAGCGAAUUACACAGUGACUGAGAAGGAAAUGCUGGCCCUAGUGUUCGCCUUCGACAAGUUCAGAUUGUAUUUGGUAGUGAUUGUUUUUACUGACCAUGCAGCUAUUAGGUACCUAUUAAACAAGAAGGAUGCUAAAUCAAGGCUGAUUCGGUGGAUAUUGAUUCUCCAAGAAUUCGACCUCGAAAUCAAGGAUAGGAAGGGUACGGAGAAUCAAAUAGCAGAUCACUUAUCUAGGUUGGAGGAUUUUUCACAUGUGAAUGAAGGUGAGCAAAUCCGGGAAGAGUUUCCGGAUGAACAAUUAAUGGCAUUGGAUAUCUCUCAAGUGCCAUGGUAUGCAGACAUAGUGAAUUUGAUAGUAAGUGGUGAUUAUCCUCCGGGUGCUACCACCUAA